ACAACUAGCGAGCGUUAACUGCGAAGAUAACAUUUUGGCACCAAAUUGCGAACAACGAUUAACGAGAUUACAGGUGAAUUGACCAAAACCCCCUUUCAAGUUUCACUUCCUCUUCCCUUCGUCUCUGUCUUCGUCCAUCUUCCACAGCCGCGAAAACCACCGCCUCAUUCGAACGACAGGUUCCACGCCCUAUGUGAAUCCGAAACGGCAACCGCCCCAAUGUCGUCGAACGAGCAAGCCGUGGUGUCGCUCCUCUCGCAGCUCGCCCUCUCCUUCGACGGCGCCGUUUUGGGCGUAGCCCUAGCCUACGCCGCAGUCCGCUCCGUCCUCAAGUACACCUCCACCUCCUCCGCCCUCUGCAAGCUCCGCAAAGCGCCUUCCGUGCAAGUCUCCGAUCUCCGAUCAAUCCUCGCCGCCGACGCUUCCUCCGAAGGUUCGAACGAAUCUCGGCCGUCCGAUGGCAAGCUCGUGAUAGUUCGCGGCACCGUGGAGGCCAAAUCGGCGAUCGACGGAAGCUGGAAGAGCCUUAGGCCCAACGUCUUGGUCUCGCAGGAAUCUGGCGAUAAAGCCGUCGUCAUUCAGAGAACUCAAACUUGUAUAUACAAUGAAUGGAAGGGUUUCUUCGGAUGGACUUCUGAUCUGCGGACCAUAUUUGCGAGGUCCUGGAGAGAACAAGAAUCCACUUCGUUAAGAACGGUUUCUUUCAUUCUUGUUGAAGCUGGAAAAUGGCCGCAAAUGGAUUUUGUUGUCGUCAACAUGGAUGGCUCAAGGCAUCCCUUGCCUCUUACAACAGUUUAUCAUCAGUUGCAGCCUGUUAAUCCAUCUCCUUAUACAUUCCUACAGGCACUUUUUGGUCAUGAAUACCCUGUCGGUUUACUUGACGAAGAAAAAAUUCUCCCUUUGGGAAAGGAUAUCACUGCUGUUGGAAUUUGCAGUUUUAAAAAUGGAAUUGCAGAGAUCAAGUCAUGCAAGGAUAUUCCUUAUUUUCUUACCGAAAUGACUAAGGAUCAGAUGGUUGUGGAUCUUGCCUUUAGUACUAAAGUUCUGUUGGUGAGCGGUAUCGUUCUUGGUUCGCUAUCAAUUGGAAUCCUUGGCUACGCUCUUGUGAGGAACUGGAAUAGAUGGAAAGAAUGGAGGCACAAUAGGCAACAACAGCGAGCAAACCCUCCAGCUAUCGAUGACUCAGAAUCUCAAAUUGUGUCGGAGGAGGACACGACAGAUGUUCCUGAUGGACAGUUGUGUGUCAUCUGCCUGACAAGGAGAAGGCGAUCUGCGUUUAUUCCAUGCGGGCAUCUAGUAUGUUGCCAUAUCUGUGCCAUAUCAGUUGAACGUGAAGUGACACCAAAGUGCCCAGUUUGUCGGCAGGAAAUCCGUACUUCAGUGCGAAUAUAUGAUUCUUAAGGGUUUUGAAUGUUCGAUGAAGCUUUUAAGCUCUGAACAAAUUAACAUGGAUUCAAUUGUUUGAACCCUAAGGCUUUUGAUUUGUAAAUACAUAGCGUAAGCAGCGUAAUCUCAUGUUAAUACUCGGCAAAAAAAAGGAAACUGGGUCUGGAAUGCAUGAUAGAAAUCGGUGGUAAUUAUAUGUCGUUUUCUGACUAGUUUGCAGCUUAUAAUUUUUUGACGGAUUUAUGGCUCGUAA